AUGUUUCCUCUCCGACGAGCGGUCCCUCUUCUCGGCCUCGCCUUCUUCCUUUGCUUCCUGUACUCGAUCCGCGGUCUUACGAAGUCAUGGGAUGAAGUGCCACAGGUUGUCGGGUUAGGGGAUCUGGUCUCAGUGCCCUCUGCUGGUUCAGAGGGGACCGGGAAUGCCUCUACUUCUACUACUACGACAGCGGACAAGGAUGGUCCGGCGAAGAAACCAUUUGCGCCUCGUCCGCAGUACGUGCCCGGUAUUCCGAAGGCUCCGGGUUCGAAGUACACGAAGACGUUAGUUGUGCCGAGGACCAGCGAGGAAGAUACAGAUUGGAUCGCGGAAGAGCUUCCGGAGUGGGAAUCUGCUGUGUAUGUCGUGGAUGAUCCGUCUGCACCGCUUCAUCCGCCGAAGAAUAAGGGACAUGAGGUUAUGGUGUACCUGAGUUACAUCAUCGAGCACUAUGAUAAUUUGACGGAUGUUGUGGCGUUUAUGCAUUCGCACCAGUUCGCAUGGCAUAACGAGGAUCUGUUUGAGGGUAAUGCGGCCGAUAUGCUCCGGCGUCUUAACCCCGCUCGCAUCGCGAGAGAAGGGUACAUGAACCUGCGCUGCGGAUGGGGCCCCGGAUGUCCGGACUGGAUGCAUCCCGGCGCACUGGAGGAGAAUUCUGAGAAGCAGGAAGAAACUAUGCUCGCGCGGUCUUGGGGCGAGAUCUUCCCCGACGACCCUGUCCCGGAUGUCCUGGCUCAACCCUGCUGUGCUCAAUUUGCCGUUUCCCGGGAGCGGAUUCUCUCCAUCCCGAAAGCGCGCUUCGUCUACUACCGUGACUGGGUAUUGCGGACCGAACUCAGCGACUAUAUCUCAGGACGAGUUUGGGAGUAUCUCUGGCACGUGGUCUUCACCGGCGAAAAUGUAGCCUGUCCCAAGGAACACGUUUGCUUCUGCGACGGCUACGGUAUUUGCUUCGGUGGUGACGAUGAGUACCAAGAGUACAGGAACCUUCAAGGUCAGAAGGGUGAUCUCGAGCAGGAAUUCAAUCUCUGGGAAGGAGAUGCGCGGGUUAUCGAGGCUGAACGGUUUAGUGGCUCUUUGUCGGAGACGAGCCACUUGUCUAUUCCCGAUCCAGGGAAAGAUGUUGAAUUACUGGAUAAGAUUUCUGGCAUUGAGCAGCUUCUCAGUGAUACUUUGACGAACGCUACGAAGCGUGGCGAGGAUCCGAAAAUGAGGGCAUUGGAACUUGGACGGCCGUGGAAGGAGGGCGACGGCUUUUGA